CGCGCUCGCUCCCCGUAAACCAGAGUCGAAAAAAUGGUGGCCAGCGCUCGAGUACAGAAGCUGCUCCGACGAUAUAAACUAGCGAUUGCCGCAGCAUUAACUAUUCUUCUGGUCCAAGGGCUUGUGGUAUGGAGUCUGAGAACUCUGGAAGAGGGCGAGGCAGAGAGAAAAACACGACGGUCUAAGCUGCCUGACCAGAACAGUCAGGACCCCAAGAGAGACACCGCACUUUGGGAGAAACAGAACUCUUUGUCUGGGAGGGACAGGGGCAGAUGGAGCGGCAGGUCGGAGAGGACAGGGGGCACCGCAGCCAGCGCGCUGAGGAGAGGAACCAGCCGCAAAGGAGAAAAGCCCAGCAUCAGGCUGAAGUCUCCCCAGGAGCAGGGGAUGACAGGAGCUGGAUUGGACGGUGUCCAUGACCUGUCCAGCAGCCGUAACCUCAGCGAGACCCGAGGUGGCGCAGACGGGGCGGCCAAGGUACCAGCUGCUGCCAUUCUGGGGGAGCCGGGCAGCGUGGAUGGGGCGCACCAACCAAGCAGUGACUUUGUGCCUAAAUGUGAUAUCAUGGGCAAGGACGCGCUGUCCGCACUCCAUCGCGCCGGGUCACAGCAGUGCCGACAGGAGAUUGCCAACAUCGUGUGUCAGCAUCAGGGCAGGAAGCUCAUGCCAAGCGCGCUUCCUCAGUUUUGCCCCCAGCUCGGUGUAUCAAAUCAGGUCCAGGCCGUUGGUGAGCUGGACAACAGUCUGUCCAAAGUAGAGAAACCCGUCAGAGUGGCUUUUGUUCUGAUGGUCCAUGGCCGUGCUGUACGGCAGCUGAAGCGACUCAUCAAAGCCAUAUAUCACCAUGACCAUUACUACUACAUACAUGUGGACAAGCGGUCCGGCUACAUGCAUCGGGAGGUCCUGCAGAUAGCCCAGCAGUACCCAAACAUACGAGCCACGCCCUGGCGGAUGGUCACCAUCUGGGGUGGUGCCAGUCUACUGAAGGCCUACCUACGCAGCAUGCAGGACCUGCUCUCCAUGUUGGACUGGAAGUGGGAUUUCUUCAUCAAUCUCAGCGCUACAGAUUUCCCCACCAGGACCAAUGAUGAGCUGGUGACGUUCCUGUCGCAGCAAAGAGACAAGAACUUCCUCAAGUCCCACGGAAGAGAAAAUGCCCGGUUUAUUAAGAAGCAGGGCCUUGACCGUCUCUUCCACGAGUGUGACAACCACAUGUGGCGUCUCGGCGAACGCAGCAUCCCAGAGGGCCUGGAGGUCUCAGGCGGCUCUGAUUGGUUUGCGCUCACCCGCCGCUUUGUGGAAUACGUCAUCAACUCCCAGGAUGACCUGGUCUCAGGGCUGAAGCAGUUCUAUUCCUACGCUCUGCUCCCUGCUGAGUCCUUCUUCCACACGGUGCUCGGGAACAGUCACAUGUGCGACAGCCUGGUGGACAACAACCUGCGUGUCACCAACUGGAACCGUAAGCUGGGCUGUAAAUGCCAGUACAAGCACAUCGUCGACUGGUGUGGCUGCUCUCCCAAUGAUUUCAAACCACAAGACCUCAUCCGGAUCCAGCAAUUGACCCGUCCGACAUUCUUUGCCCGUAAGUUUGAGUCAACCGUGAACCAGGAGGCCAUAGACAUCCUGGACACUCACCUGUACGGCCAGUACGCUCCGGGCACCAUUGCCAUCAAGGCGUACUGGGAGAGUCUGUUUGAGCAGCUGGAUGGUGUGGACUCGCUCAGUGACGCAGCUCUCACUGCUUACACUGCUUUCUUCCGUCUUGGCCUAAAGAAUCUGGUGACUACUCGGAGCAACGUGGAGGGCUGCAGGUUUGAACCAGUAGGCUACCCUCUAUCAAUACACGUGUACUUUUAUGACGACCGUUUCCAAGGAUAUCUGGUGCGUCAGGAAGUCCAGGCUGUGGGUUCAAAGGUCAGGGAGACGCUGGAGAUGUGGGCAGUGCCCCAAGCAACACUCGUACUUGAGACAAACCUUAAGGAGUUUGAAAGGCUCAAGAAUCUGGAAAUCGGCACAGAGUGGGAUCCUAAAGAAAGAAUCUUUCGUAACUUUGGCGGCGUGAUCGGCCCUUUGAAUGAACCGCUGGCUGUCCAGAAGUGGGCACGUGGUCCUAAUCUCACAGCCACCAUUGUAUGGAUUGACCCAGCUCUGGUGGUGGCUGCAUCUUAUGACAUUACUGUGGAUAUGGAUGCGGAGUACACACAGUACAAACCCCCACUGCAGCGCCCCCUGCGGCCCGGUACAUGGUCUGUACGAGUGUUAAAACAGUGGGAGCUCGUGGCAGAAGUUCGCUUCCUUGUCAUGCCCUUAACCUUCAAAGAUAAGGAGCCGCUACGCAAAGAAGAGGACAGCUGGCUCCAUGCAGGUCCUCCAGGUGACCUGUACCUGGAGCAGAGCUACCAGCAGCUGAGCUCCGUGCUGAAGCUGCCUCCCCAGGAGCCGGCCAUGCAGGAGGCGCAGCGUAAAGCCCAGCUGGUGGGUCAGCCCCUUGAAGCGUGGGUGGACAGCAGCGUAGCGACCUUCUGGGUCACAGGUGGCCUGUGCGCCACACAGACUUCCUUUUGCCCAGCCGUGGGAUCUUGCUCCAAGACCUCCUGGAGCACUCUGUCCCCGGACCCCAAGUCUGAACUGUGCCCGGUCAAAAGUGAUGGGCGGAUCAGGUAGCCCUAAGAGAGAAGAGACUGUAGACUUCAACACAUACACACGAAAACUGAGGGAGAGCUGGACCUGCACUGCAGCGCUCCAAGACAACUUGUGUGAAUCCUCUCAGAGCUCAAAGGCACAUAAACAAUAAUACGACUUCCUACACUGAGGAGUCGAGACAUUGUCAGUGACGUGGUAAUAUAAAAGAGGAGGAACGUGACUGCUGGAAAUUUGCACAUAGACGUUAGCAAGCGCAUAGACUUGUGUCAUUGUUUUGCUGAACGGUUACACGGAUGUAUCGCGUGAUCUUAACUCUACAUUUCAAGGGGGAGUGGAACCUCUGAAUCAUAUUAUUGUGCUUAUUUUUAAGCAUUAUUAUGUAAGCAUAAGGAGCGGACAGAUGAAGUGCACUUUACUGUAAAACUAUAAUGUUACACAGAGGUCACUUGGUUACAGUGUGAGGAGGAGAAGUUAAAGAGUCGUGGAUAAGGUCCAAUCAUUCAUUUAACAGUACACAAAUACCAGCACCGUCCCUCCCCUGCACAGACACAUCACUCAACACUUGGACUGUUAGGAAAAGAUAAGGAAAGAGCAAGUAAAGAGUAUUUCAAUUUUAGUUUUUACAUAUUUUUUUAACAUGUUUUUUUUUUUUAUGUAUUUGUUUUGUCUGUUAGUUCCCUGAACUGGCUGUAAAGUGUUAAGAUAUCUUUGAUGUCCAUUGUUGCAACAAAAAAAAAGCCACUCAGAGUUGUUUUUGUGGUCAAAGGAAGUGCCCGACAGCUGCAGCAUCAAGGCUGCAGACACUUUACGUUACAGAGUCCCUUAAAAUACAUGAAAAAACAAUCUCCACUCAAACCAUCCAGCUACAGUUAUAUGACAACAAACUCCACCUGUUAGGAAGUGGACCCUUUGAAGUUGAGAUUUCUUUGUCAGCUGUUUUGUUUUCAAAUCCUCUGAAAGAAUUUUGUGUGUUUGUUUUAAAUCCAGGAUUAUUUUGAACUGAAUUCAGUUUAGCAAGGUGAAGAACAUGUUGAUCAAACUUUAAAAGGAAUAGUUGUUUUUGCUUUCUCGUCCAGAGUUAAAGGAGAGGAUUGAUACUACUCUCCUAUUUUGUAAGGGUUGGUACGAGGCUAACUUAGCACAACAAAUGGAAACCCAGGGAAACGGCUAGCCUGACUUCCAAAGCUAAUUAUUGGUCUGAACUAGCUACUAACUUUCAAGAAAUAAUGCUAGUCAGAUCCAUAACAGUUCAUUUUGUUAUCACGGAUUAAACAAGCGACAUAUAACGUGUUAAUUAGUUCGCUUUAGAGGUGCUGGUACGCGUUUUAGACGGAGCCAGGCUAGCUGUUUCCGGUCUUUAUAUAAUGCUAACGUAGCUUCAUAAUUGCCGCGCAGACAUGAAAGUUGUAUCUUCUCCUCUGACUCAACAAGAUGGGGAAUAAGUGUAUUUCCCAAAUUGUCGAACAUUUAUUUUAAAUUCAAGACUUUUAAAUUGCAAACGUGGUUCGACACAACACGUUAUACCUCCUGUGUAUCGGUUUAUAUGCAGUUAUGUCACUUUGUGUUGUUUGCUCUUGUUGCCACACAUUACUUUACAUUACACGUUAUUUAAAUUACUACGGUGCAUAUAAAUUCAACUCUUUAAGUCCACCAACCAAAAGUGUUCAACAGUACACUGUAUGCUUGUGUUUGUGUUUUGGCGUGAUCGAGAGAAUCUAAGCUGCCUUCACUUAGUGGUAAGAUGAAUUGUUUACUACAGGAUAAAAGCUUCCAGAGACGUGCAAUGAAUGCCUUUUCAGAGGAUAGUGAGACCCCCUGUCUGUGUCUUAGCAUUUUUACAUCAUUUUAAAUGUUCUCAAAUAAUAGUUGGCCACCAUAUGAGUUUUCAAGUGACCUUGUUUACCUUGCACAGUACAGUUGCUUCAGUGAAGCCCCAGUUUUAUGGAUAUGAGAGCAAGAAAUAUGUUAUUUUUCUAUACUGUUUGAGAGCAAAGUGUGUAUGUUGUCCGUUCAUCGCCAGUACUCUGUUAAACUAUUAAAAACGGCUGUCUAAUGAUGUUGUAUUUGACAGUACCCCAUGUUCAGUGUCGUUUGAAGCAGACCUUGUGUUUUUUGGGGGGGGGGAUCUCUUGAUCUGCUGUGAUAACCAGCUGCAGUCCGUUUGGUGAGUCAGCCGUCACUGUUUGCCUCUAGGAAAGCUCAUAGGCAUCUUGUCUGAUGACUCAAUAAAAAAAGAAACGCUUAAAGUUUUA